GACUGUGUAAAUUUUAUUUAUACGGCUCUCCCCCUGACUAAACAACCUAAAAAACGGUAUGGCAUAAAUUACACCCCCGUCGUAAUUCAACGGCUUUAAAUAAAGAAAUCCAAAAAUAAAACCGAUAAUAUACAUCAACCUGACCAAAACCGAAUGGAGUAUUUUGAGAAUUCUUACAAGUCCUGAAACAAAUCCAUCAGACUGAUUAUAAUAACAAAAAAAAAAUCUCAACACCUACAAGAUUGAAUUAGCCAAUAUAUAAAGCAAAGCCAUUUAAACAAGAGUAAAUGAGAUUGGAAUUUGGCUAUAGACAUUUAAUUAUUGUACGUGCCAAAAAGGAUUAUUUAUAACUUUGACAGGACUUGAAAGUCUCGGAUAAGACGGCCUUGCAACUGAAUUAUUCACCACACAGAGUGUCGACACCCUCACAGCUUAUACCAGACAGUUCACUUGAAACUUCAGGUGAUGAGAAGUUAGUAGCAAAGUUUCGCCCAAAGAGGCCUUUUAAAAAGUAAUACCAGGCGAUAUGAACAUAGCAACAGCACUAACAUUGAGUUUGAACACAUUGAAGAACAUUGACAUAGAAAAUGAAGAUUUCCGUAACAACAGAAUAUUUGAUCAGUUUAGAAUUAUAAUAAAUUCGUGUCAAAAAUUGACAACAACCCCGAAUGCACUCUUGCCGCCAUGUUUGACCGAACUUGCAGAAACUUUGUUGAAAACACUUGCCAAAAAAAUUCCUCUAGAAACUGUUACAUUAUGUGGCGUCGCAUUUGCACUGGUGCUGUCGCUAGUUGCAGAUGCGAGUGCAGUUGCGAUGAUGUAUUCAAAGACUUUUCUACACCCGAGGGAUGACAAUUCAAGGGAGCUGAGUGUAAAGUUAUCAAAAGCUGCGGAAAUAUUAAGAAUUAAAAUUGACAUCUAUGAAGAAGUGUUUAGGCUUUCUCUCUGUCAUGGACUGCUUCAGGUCCCUGAUGCAUUUUGGAACUCGAGUCAGGUUAAUUGGAUGACUGUUCUUCAAGGAAGAAUGUUUCCCAUCUUGGAAAAACAUUGUUUAAGUUAUUCAAAUUUAACUUUGUUAUCUUUUAAAACACUUGUGGCAUGGUGUUCACGAAUUAGAACUAUUAUCAAUAGUCAAAUAUGUUCGAGUAUGGCUGUUAGAAUAAUGAAUAUAAUUGCUUCCAACUGGGAAAACCCUUUGAACGGUGUGAGAGAACAGAAUUUUCUCUUGCUUGAACAACUGUUGCAUUUUACACAAAUCCCAGAUGCCACUGGUACACAGAAUGAUGAAGAACUUCCGUCUCCUCUGCAGCCACAAGCACUUUUAGGUUUAGUCAUAACAGAAAUGUCAUGGAUGACAAAGAGUAAAUAUUUUUUCUUGGCUGCUAUCCUCCCUAAAGCGAAUCUAAUGAAGUCAUUUCACACUAAUUCUGAAGAUAUUGUUUUUGGAUUGCUAACAAGUCUGUGUUAUCCUCAUUUAGCUUCAGCAGGAACAGAUUUGUACAGAGUCUGCAUUGAUUCAAUGAAUUUGGAUCAGUGGGAGCAAAUUUUUCUUAAACCCAUUAUAAAUGUUCUAACAACCUCUGAAUAUUUGUUGCAGAAAAAGAAUUUUUUCAAUUAUUGGCUAAGUCCCACGAUAAAAAAAUAUAAGAUAUCAUUACAAAUAAUACAUGAUUCACUUUUGGAGAACAAACACAAGGAUGUAAUUUUUCCAAUAGUUUCUUGUUUAAAGACAGGAAGGAAAGAAGGCUAUGAGUCGAUGAGAUGGUCGUCAAUAUCAACUUCUCCUCAUUUAGCGAAAGCAUUGAGACAUUAUGACGAAAUAACAAGAGCGCAAGCUUUUGCAACUGUUUGCCAUUCAUCCAAGACAUCGAUAUUCCCUUGUGAAGAAGAGUUCCAAAUUGUGGAAACAUUCCUGGCUGAAAACAUUAAUGCAGAUUGUGCACCAUUACGUCACAGUCUAAUUAACAGUUUCACAAUUUUUCUAUGCCGUACCAGAGACGCUUGUCUGCAGGUUUUAAGAACUAGAUAUAACCAAAGGAUUGAACCAAGUCAUGUUGAAAGCCGAACAUUAACAAGAGCCAUGAUUUUCUUAGAUUGGCUUUAUAAUUUUCUUAGAUCAAAUUUAGAAAUAUGCUGCAACUAUCAGCGGAAGACUACCUCAUUAGAAUUGUACAAAGUAAUACUUAGCCACUUGUCAAAUGAAAGCAAUUCAAGAAAAAAUACUCCAAAAUCCGAUGGUCAGAGAGUGAUGAAAUAUGCGAUAGCAGUCGGAAAAUGGGGAUUCACUAAUGAAGUAAGCCGCGAAGCUCUGUUGUACACGUUGACCGAUGAGAGUGAAGAAGUGAGAGAAAGUGCUGCUUCGUUGCUUAUAACUCAUUUCAAAAUGUCAGAAUAUGAAGGCCAAAGAUUUAAAGAGCUGUUCAACAGUGCCCUGACACUUUGCUGCGACCCUAUGUUCUACAUAGCCGAUGCAGGAGCUUUACUUUUAUUUGUAGUUACAUGUCUCGCUUAUAAAAAUCCCACAGGAGAUAGCAAAUGCCUUGAACUGAAGGAAGAAAGAGUGAUAUCUUACUUAAUUAAUUUAGCAGAAAGACAUGCUUCUGAAUUAAAGGUAGAUAUUUUAAGAGCGGCAACGAAUGGCUAUCCACUUUAUGGGAUCCUCAGGAUAAUAGAUAGAUUAGCGCAUGAUAAAGAAAGCCCAGAAUACAGAAAAAUAAGCCAUUCUGAAGGUAUAAGGCUAACAACAAUUAUUGAAACAACGACACAGCAUCUUUUACAAGUCCUUGCUUCAAAAACUUCUAAUUUAUCGAAUUAUGCUCCUUCAUUUCUGGAAAUGGGAGAGGCGAUUGAAUCUGCCAUUGAAGAGUCUUCAGUAAAUGUAGAAGAAAGUGACAAACAUCAAUUGUCACCCGCGCAUCAGCUUGUUUUAAAUACAAUAUGGCUGAACCUCAAGGCUUGUUGUAUGCUGGCAAGCAGGUUGUACAGACAGCCUGUGGGAGAUCAUAUAAAAUCUCUUUCAGUCAUAACUUCGGUUUUAAAGCAAACAAGACAUAAAGGUGCUUUGGAAGCUGCCGGGUUGGCUUUAGCGAAUUUAACAAAAUCAUUAACUGAUGAUAGAAAUGUCGAGGAGUUGGAAUUUUUUUUUAACGAAGCUUUAGACAGAUUGACAGUCGGCCAGACCCAAUCUACAAGAGGUGCUGGAGCCAUAAUUUUAAUUCAUAGGAUUGUAGCGAAUGACACAAGACCUGAUAAGCCAUUGCUUGAACAAUGCCUAAACCAAGUUUUGUCUCUUGCUGAAAGACGUAAAGGUGAUUUGGCACAGGCAUUACAUCUCCUAGGUGUGCUUAUAAAAGACAGUUCAGUAUCCCAAGAGACAGCAAGGAUAAAUCAUAAAUUGGCCGCAGCUUGCUUUAAUUCUCUUUCUCAUUCUAGUUGGGCAAUCAGGAAUACAGGGUUGCAACUUUUCGGAGCAAUUGUGCCAAAAUUAAUUGGACAAAGGAAACAGAACGAGUUUGACUCUACAUGCUCUUGCUAUCAUUUGCCGUAUGAAGAAUUGUACUACCAUACGCCUCAACUCAUCAACCUUCUUCUCUCACAACUUGAAACUGGAGCAAACUGCAGUCAAAAAGAUGCUUUUGCAGUUCAUUCAAAACUAGUCCCUUUAUUGACCCUCCUCUCUAAUUUGUCAGUUGGCAUUCUUACAAUUAUUGAUCGUAGUAUAGAAAGUGUAUUUAACAAAUUAGUCAGUUGUUUUCAAACGCUUAUGUCAAGUGGUGUGUUCAAAGUGAGACAACUAGCGGCAAGGAGUAAUGCUUGGUUUUGUUCAUUAAGCCAACUCCCUUCUCUUGUGAGAACACGUGUUUGGAAAAUAGUUGCUUACGUUAACGAUCGGACAUUACAGAAUGAAAUCAAAACGGAAAAUGGCCUUCAUGGUUUUCUUUUGAAUACUCUUUAUUUAUACAAACGCUUCCAGGCAGAAAAGGAAGGUGUUGAAGCUUUAAGAGAGCAAAAUUCUGUAGUCGAAGAGUCAAUAGAGGAAUUAUGUUCAGUCCGGUACUCACUUAACAUGAGUUUUGUCUGUAAAUCAGUUUUAGAAGAGAUUGUUGGUUUUGAUAGAACUACACCUGCAAGAGAACAGAUUUUGAACCUUUGUGCUAGCCAAAUUUCUCCCCAUAAAUCAUUAGGUUAUCCUAUGUGGGCUUCCAUCGUUUCUAAACAAAUUAUAGAAGACUGUCCACUAAAUGAACUCCUCCCAACUUUAAAUACAGCAUUGGACACAAACGAAUCUGAGCUUCACAUCUUUGUUUUACAAGCUCUAAGCUCAAGGAUCAAGAGGAACGACUUUGAAGUCGUCAGUAAUGGAACUUUAAACGCGGUUUUAAAAUUUGUGAAGAAAAUACCAGAUGAAAUUGCUUUAAAUAUUUUACUUGAAAUUUUAUCAAAAUACAGCAAUUUAGUGCCUACUUUAGAUUUAGAGCCAAUUAUUGAAACUCUGUGCAAUGAAGAGUCGAGUCUUGCCAUAGCCGUAUCCUGUGGACUUUUUGUUUUAGAUAGAAUGCCAAAUUUUCAACUGUUAAAUAAGAUUAUGUCAAUAUUGGUGCAAAUGAGUAAGCCGAGCAAGAGUGAACAUUCGAGACUGUUCUGUUCCAAGGGUAUAAAUCUUUUAUCCCCAAUUAUGAUGCGCUCUGCGACCCAAGACAGUCUGAAGGCUAGGUCAGAAAUAUGGAUGACCGCUGUAAAUUUACUUCAAGAUGAAUCUAGAGAAGUGAGAGUUGAAGCUUCUAAAUUUGCAAACAGCCUUGUCGAAGGUCCUACACCAGAAGAAACCAGGAACCCUUACGUGUCCUUAAACUUUCUUUUAAACGAAAACAAUGUCUCUGGCCUGUUUCCACCGCAAUACUGCAUUAACUGUUUAUGGUCACAACUGAAGUGCUCUGAACAAGAAAUUGAAACUCUUGUAAAAAUAGAUCAACUCAACCCUUUUGACUCAAGAGACAACUGCUACCAGGAGCAUGUUAAAAUCGCCGAGAUGAUCUAUGAAAUUUUAAUUUCUAUAUUGGAUAAGAGCCAAGAAGCAAAGAAUUAUUUCCUAAAAGAUGAAGCAGUACUGUAUUUACCAGUUUUACGAUCACAGGCAAUUAAAUUCUUAGAAUUCACUGAAGAGCAUACAUCAAAUAAAAAAAUCCUUCUGAACGGAUAUUGGUACAUCAUUGCUAAAAAACUCUCUCUGCAGUUCACACUGAUUGAAAAGCUGAAUAAUUCCGAAGCUCAUGAUAUGAACAUGUUCCAAUUUAAAUUUCAGAGUUUUAUCGAACUUAUGCUCAAUCCGCCGACGCCAGUCAAAGUGUAAAUUUUUCAUCAUUUAAUUUCUUGUAUUUAAAAAUAUAAAACGUAGGAUAGUGAAGUUUUCUUAACAGUAUGUAAAUAGCUACUGCAUGUAUUAUUUAUAAAACUUUUUUUCUAAAUAAAAUGAAGUUUAUUAAGUA